AUGGCUCCGCCAGUCGCCCACACCUUCGUCAAGCGCGAAGUAUCCCCCUCUCCCAUGCAUUCGCCCACCUUCGCCACGCGCGUCAACCACGAACCCGCGAUCGACGCGCAGGCCGCAGACGCCGCCGCGCGCGCCGAUCCGCCUCAGCGCGCUCAAGUUAGUUCGACAUCCGACGCGCCUCGCCGCACCUCCGCCGUGCGACCUAUACCGCUCGUGUUGGACCGCGAGUCGCAAGAGCCGCCCCCCCUUGACCCUGAUCACGCCGCCCUCCACCGGCUCGUAGGCCUGCAUCCUCACGAGUCUAUGGUCGAAGCGCAGGUUGUCGCCGAAGACGGCGUGUCCUUGCGCCACCCCACCGACAACAGAUACAUCCCAUACGACCAGGUACCCCGCGACGUCCUCGAACGCUUCUUCUCGCCCAACCCUGUCCCUAAGAUGCAGGAAGACACGCCGGACGAGUGUCGCUUGUAUCCCACUGUCGGGGAGGUCAAGCCGGACGACACGAAUUAUUUGGUGAACCCCGUCGUGCUCACGGGCGCUGAUCGCUGCACCCACUGCCGCGAGAACUACGAGGAUUACGACUGCAUUCGGUCGACAUGCAACCGCUCCCGCCGCGCACCCGUCCCUCCGUGUGAUUACUGCCUGAUCCUCAACAUUCCAUGCGAUGUUAAGGAAGGCAAGCUUCGGCACAAGCGCCAUCCCGCCAAGCCCUACGACAGACCGGCACGCCAAACUGGCGGCUCAGUUCAGCGCCGCGCCCCCUCACUCCCUCCCGUUGCCGGUCCGUCGAACCACCCGGACGCGCUCAUCAUCACGCCUCCGCCGCCUGACAACAAGUCCGCGCCGGCCCCCGGACUUCAGCAGGGCACCAACGUCGGUCAAGUUCGCGGCAUCGGCCACGCAGACUCGCACGCAGAGUCGCUAUUGGCCCGUAUCGACGCGCUCGAGCGCCGCAUCGCACAGCUCGAAAGCCGCGCGCCUUGA